AACUUGAUGAGGAAUACACUUUCUUGGAAGUCAUAGUAUAUUAUGAUUAUUCCGUGAACCCCGGUCCUUUUCGAAAGUCCUUGUUAGAUCAUGUGCAGCCGCACAUUUCUGAAAUAAAACAAAGCGAUGAGUUAUUUUGUCGGGUUGCAAUGAAAUUGCUGGGGUUGUCAUAUGAUUUGAAAAGUCUGUUAUUUAUUUUGAACGAUGUUAUAGGAUUCGAUGAACGUCUAAAACUCAUGGUUGAAAAGAGAAUUAGGGAGUUGAUCGGGCAUGAUAACCUUUUUCAGCUAUGUAGACACCUCCAAGAGUUUCGCAACGAAAGCCGAUUUGACAUAAAGAUUAUAUUUCGCGAAAGACUCUUAAAAUUACUGCAAUGUCGGGACAUACGGUGGGAAGAUGGUGACAUCUUAUCUUUGAAUGACAUCCUUCAGGAACAAGAUCUUAAUUGGCCAAUCGAAGAUCUAAUAAAGAUACUCGAGUGUGUGGCAUCUUCGGAUCAACUAUCAUUGUUGCAGAAUUUUCUCAUAAUUUUGAAAUUUACAUUGGGUCAAAUUCAAGAAUCUAAGUCAACCCUCAUAAAUAAAGCUUUAGCUACCUCAUAUUCGUGGCUUCCAAAACUAACCACACUUCUCACUUCGAAAGGCAAUGACCCGUCCAUACUAGCCAAAAACAUUGCACUUGUUACACUCGCAAAUUUUUCCUCUGUGUAUGCAAUGGUUAAAUAUUGGUCACAUAUUUGUGAAGAAUUGAAAAAGAUUGUGAACAAUUUAUUAGAUCCUCUACCUAAUCAAGUUAUUUUCGAGAUAGCUUCUUUUAUCGAUAGUUUUGAACCUGGUGUUAUAAAGCACUAUGUCACUUUGGCGAAGGCUAGAUUAGAUCGCGAUGUGCGGAAAAUCGACGAUCACCUUUUGGGGGAAAUAAAGCGCAUAUGCAACUCCACAAGGCCGCUUCAUAUAAGAAAUGGGAUCUGCGAAGAUUUACUUUAUCACAUAUUUGAUUGCUUGCAAAAAAAUGCAUUCGAAAGAUUCUACACCGAGGAUACUUACAAUCUCCAGAUUUCAGUACUGGAAUCUUCAUAUUUCUGGAAGACCAUAUUCCUCUCAAUAGGAAGUACGGAAAAACUUUUCUCACAUCCGUUUGUCAAAGAAACAAGAAAUAUCUUAAUAAAUCUGGCCACGGAAAUUACAGAAAACUCCAUAACUAUUGGAUUGCUGGAGGGUAUGCUUAGAAUUUACUCAAAUGACGAAAAUAUUUUUAUUGACCUCGUCAAUUCAGCUGUUGGAGAUCAAGUUGAACUCAUGAUGACGGAUAAUAUACUAAACACACUUCGCCACAUAUGUGACACCUACACUAAGAAAUUUUCUCAACUUGAAAGUUUUUACACGAAAUUUUGUUCCUCCAAACAGAUAACCGAUUAUCAGAAAUACAUAAGUGAUUUGAAAAAUCGAAAAGAAGUGAUAAAUAAUACCACAAUUAAAAAUUACUGUUCCGAUGAUCAUUGGGGAAUGCAUAUUGAAGCAAUUUCGGCCGCGGAUGCGGCUUUCAAAUUUUUUGAAUCAAGAACGUUUGAAAACGUUUAUAGACUUACCUUGGAAUUAGAAACGAGUGAAUUAAAUGUUCAAAUUGUUGCCAAACAAAUUAUCGGAAAUGCAAUUGAUGAUUAUACUAAAGCAUGCCAAAGAUACAAAAAUUGGAAAAAGCUUAAAUAUCAGGAAGUCAAAUAUUUCUGGAAUGAAAUAAAACCCGAGCACGUUGAUGCUGAAUUGGAAUUUUUACUUUCCCAUUGCAACAUCAUCAAAGGUACUGAUCGUGAAAAAAAACUGUCCACUACAAUCGAACAUUUGGUGGAAAUCCCAAUGUGGAGUAUUCGAAUGGAACAGUUACUUAAGGUGCUGGAAAUUUUCGAAUAUACUAUUGUCCUUAAAUUCGGACCGAAUGAAUUAUUGAAAAAGUUAAAAGACAAUAAUUUGAUUCUCGAGAAACUAAUUUCCAUGUUUAAAGAUUUAAAGAUUUCUAUAGAUCGCUACAAUGUAUCGAACAACACCUGGAAUGCCAUGACGGAAAUUUUGGCAUCUAGUGAUUUUAUCAUAUUUCUCAAAUCUUUGGUUGGUCAUGAUUUGAAAAAUUUGAUUAACGGUGUAGAUGAUCAUUCAGAUGAAAGAUUAAUGCAAGCAGAUACUGUGUCCACCUUUAUUCAAGUCAAAUCAAUCUUGGAACCGCUCCUAGAUAGAAGGUCGAAGGAUUCUUCUAGAAAUGCGCUAAUUACAUUCUUGUCGAAAUUUUUAAAGGUUACAGAGGGUAACCCAUUACUAGCCAACAAAAUAAAGCUCUGCAACUCAAAUUACCAGGCAUUGAAGAAUAUGUAUGAAAACCUUUCAAAACGUGGGGAGAUAACAAAACAACGAAUUAAGAAUUGUGUCGUAAAAGGAACGUACGAGUUCACGAGUUCGGAAACUGACGAACAAAGUUGCACGGCGAAACUAUCAUAUUCUAGAAAUAAACACGACAAAACUUUGACGAUAUACAGUUUUUCGGAUUUGCAAGAUUUAAGGGGACCGGAUGACAUGAAUGAAUUUGUCAUUCAAGUUGAUCUCGCACUUCAAAUCAUUAACGUUGCAUCGGCUUUGAUCGAACGACAUUUCACAUAUCGAAGAUUUAACGUUUCAACUUCUUCCACAAAUGAUAUGGUUAAGCUACUUAAAAUUUUAUCGGCUGACCUACAGGAAUGGGAAGAAAUUGUAAACGUGGCACAGGAGAAACAUUACUACCUAACUUUUUAUCCUGUUCGUCACAUUUUAAGUUUUUAUGAUUAUUUCUUCUUUAGAGACAAAGAUGAUCGUAAAAUGGAUGCUAUCAAGGAUAGAUGCAAAAAACUUUUACGAUUUGUGAGUGAUGAAGCUGAGCUACCGUCUCCCGGAGAGUUUGGUGAACAUGUUUCUCGCGAAGAUAACUUUUUGGAAAUUUUACAAGUUAUCGGAAACAUUUUAAAUCGCAUGUUUAGCAAUGUCCCACCACGAAGGCGGUUGAUCAAAAAGGAGAUCGAAAGGAUUGCUUCCAAUUUAAUAAAACCAGGUCAACUCUAUGUUGCUGCUUGUAACGAUGAAUUUAGUGUGCCUAAUAUUAUCAUGAGCUUAUUUUCAAAUUAUAACUACUAUCCGGAACCUUGGCAACUUUUAAUAUGCAAAGCGUCAACUAAAUUAGAGGAAUUAAUAACAUUUACCAAGCGAUGCUUCUUUGCUUUUAGGAAUGGGUAUGAUAAAUAUCUAUUUUGCAUUGCCAACGUAGAAAUUUUAAAAUUUGAACUCCAGUACCAAUUGGUCAACAGCAUUCGUUCGUUAUCCUUGUUAGAAAAGAAAUUUCACCUAGCCUUAAUAUGUUGUCGUCGAGAAAAAGAAAUGCACCACCACAUCCUCGAACAAUUCCAUCAAGACGUUCAUUUCGUCACUAAAGGGCUAGGUUCUGAAUCUAUGAAUAAAAUCUAUCAGGAAUUGUGUCCAAAUGUGACGUGCGUUUCAUCGGAUUUGUCCGGCCAGGGUAAGACUGAAAUAAUAAGGAAAAUCAGUUAUCAGAAAAGUUGGACCCCACGGAAUUUGUUAAUAAGCGAUGGAGUUAGAUUUACAAGUCUUGUUCGUCUAUUAUCCGAACUCAAACUCAAAACAUUUGAGAGCCUUCAUCUGAACAUUGUAUCAAUAGAUCAUGCUUAUGACGUAAACAUGUUCUUGUUUGAGUUAUUAAGUUUGGGAAUGGCAUCCAACGGAAAUGACAUAGCGUGUUUACCACCCACUUCAAUUUUUAUCGAGGUCGCUUCUACCUUGAAUCAAUAUCUUCUCGACUCUCUUCCUCUGACUGGUUAUUUGCCAAGACAUCAUAUUUCAUGGAACAUAAAUGAAUUAAUUGUAUCCCAGGAAUAUAAUAGUCCAAUUCAAAUAGUUUCAAGGUACUUGGAUGCAUAUGAUCGUGAUGUAAUUGAUCAGACAAACAUACUUUUCGACGAAUCGCAAGCAGCUGAAACCUUCAUUCCUCCUGAACGUUGCCAACAAUUGAUUCAAAAAUACUUCUUUGAUGAGAAAGCCAAAGAUGUUGCAUCGUUUCGAUUCCUUGAAAUCUUUCUUGAAAUGUUUGCUGAUCAAUUGGUUCGAAUGUCGGAGAGUACCUUCUUUCGAUUUGAAAAACUGGAAUCGAUGAUCAGAGAUCAGAAUAUUAGGAAAACCCUAUUGGAAAUUUUACUGUCCGUAUCUAUGGAAUUUGCCACGAGGUCAAUUGACACUAAAGCUGAACAAAUGAAAAAUUUAUUUGAUGACAAGAAUGCGGCUCUUGGAACUAUAAAACCCUGGGAAGAUUCUAAUCAUUUGCUAGUGGUCUUUUUAUCGCAAACUCCAGAUUCAAUAUGUGCUCUGUACAGGAGUAAAGACUUGGUGCCUGAAAAUGUGAUAGGUUUGUUAAGAAGCCAGCAUGUGGGAUACACAUAUUUUUUGUUAAAGGAUUUUGAACAAAUGUCCUCCAAAAAAAUUUUGAGAAAGCUGGAGUGCCUCGCAAGAACUACACUCGAAAAGCAAGAAUAUCCGCCAUACGCUUUAUCGGUCGAGAAUUUACUGAAAAUGACAUUAAUUCUUUUGAGAACUCGUGCCGGUAUUCCCGUAGUCGUUUGUGGUGAGGCCGGAUGUGGAAAGACGAGUUUGAUUAAAUUCUUAGCUUUGAUGGUUGAAGUUGAGUUUAGAGCGCUCAAUCUGCAUGCUGGU